GCCCCCUUAAAAGUAAUGACGUGUUCGUUGUACCUAAGAGUCGGUCUGUUUGCGCUAUUAUACAACGUGUGCGCGCAGAUAGCAUCACAUGUGAGAGAUAGUAGCAGUAGGAAGAUAUUUGUCAUUAGAAAAGAAGCAAUGAUGUUCUUGCUAUUUGCUUUAAUCCUUUCAAUCAACAGUUCAGUUGUUGAUGCAAAAGAUUUGUCGUCAGUAGAGAAGCGGAGUCACAACACUGGUCCUGAAUGGCCUUCGCAUUGCUGGGACCACGCCCCAAAUCACAUCAUGGAUCCAUUUUGUGCUCUCCUUAAUAACAAUUGCUCCACUGCACCAACGGUAGAAAAUGGUAACCAUAGCAAGGGUUAUACAACGAGUGUCGGUUCCACAGUGUCUUACUUUUGUCUUGACGGUUACUACCUUACUGGACCGGAAGUAAUUACAUGUGAAAAGACAGAUGCAGGUCCAGAAUGGUCGCAGACACCUGUAUGCAAAAAAGCCACGUGUCCUGCUAUUCCGGAUAUUGAAAACGGUUAUCACGAGACCAUAAAUUCAACAGAAAUAGGCACUAAUGUGCAAUAUUUUUGUGAUGAUGGGUAUGAAAUACUGGACAUAGACACAAUCUCAUGUGUGUAUAAUGGUACCGGGAAAAUCCCAGUUUGGACCCAGCCACUUCCGGAAUGCAUAGGGGGUUGCACUUUGCCCGUAUUCACAAAUGGUAUCAUUAUGUUACCGGGUAUGACUCUAACAACUGCUUUGCCUGACACGACUCUCGAGACAACAACUGAACUCCCAUACACUACUACUGAUGAGCCAGAGCUUUACAACGUAACGACGACAACAGAAGUUCCAGAUACGUUUAACGAAACAACUACAGUAACCGCUAUGCCAGAUAUAUCUAAUGACACAACGACUAAUCUGACGGAUAAUACCAAUGAAACUGAUAACACGGACAACUCUAUAACAAGUACUGCAAUAACAACUUUUCUGCCGGACACAACCACCGUCCCACCAGCUACUGCCACCACUAUAUCACCAUACGCAUAUGUAAGAAAUGAAACGUUCCAUAUUAAUGAUACAAUUAUAUAUAAAUGUAACGCUGGGUAUAGUAUCGUCUCAACAGCCAACGUAGGAUAUGUCGGAAAUGCCAUAGAAGCCACGUGUGUGAUUGCAACUAAUGCAUCAGCCCCCUUACUCACAUCUAACAAGAUAUCUACUUGGAGCACAACAGUCGUGUGUGUACCAGAGUGUCCGCCUGUUGUCGAUGUAUUAAAUGCAAACUACACUGCACCGUCUAACACGCUUGAAGGAUCAACAGUUGUGUACACCUGCUUUCCCGGUUUUGAAAUGGUUGGUCCAACGGAAGUCAAGUGUCUUUCUACUGGGAACUGGAGCGAGCUUCCUCGUUGUAUAGGUUGCAUGGCCGCUCCGGAGAUUGACUAUGGGACGCAUGACGCAAAUUACACUACAACAAUAAAUUCGACAGUUUCGUACGUGUGCAGCGAUGGCUUCAGUAUGAUUGGCCUAGAGGUGAUCACGUGUAACGCAAUCAACGAACCCCCGUAUGCAAACUGGUCAGAGCCGCCUUUCUGCACACGUGCAUGCGGACCCAUUCCGUCCAUUGAGAAUGGCGUUCAUACAGAUCCCGAAAACAUUCUGAUUGGCGGAAACCUUACAUAUUCAUGUUUGCCUGGAUUCGAAAUGGAUGGCUCUUCGAAUGUUGUCUGUAUGCCGCCAGGAAAUUGGAGUCAAACACCAGUAUGUAAGCUAGAAUGCGUCAUCAAAUCGAUUGAUAUUGUGUUCAUUAUUGAUGGUUCCGGUAGUCUAGGAGUCCAUGGAUUCGACCAGACACUGCAGUUUGUUGUCGAUAUGGUCUCCAAGUUUCCGAUUGAGACGACACGUUUUGGGUUGUUAACCUUUUCCUCUGACACUUACCUACAAUUCCAUUUAAAUGGAUACGUUAAUGACUCAGUGGGACUUAUUGGGCGAAUUCAAAAUACAAGCUUUCCAACUGGAGGGACCCAUACUUAUGCCGGUCUAGAGUUUGCCCGAACUGACAUGUUCCAAGUUGUGAAUGGAAUGAGGCCAAACGUGACACACACAGCUAUUGUAGUUACCGACGGUCACAGUGACAAUAUCAACGAAACUGCAGAACAAGCACAACUUUUGAAGGAUUCUGGAGUGACCAUAUAUUCUGUGGGUGUCGGUCUUACUGAUGUCAAAGAACUCGAGCUAAUCGCUUCCAACACAACGUUUGUGUUCACCGUAGACAACUAUGACAGAAUUAACGAAAUCACAGGACCACUCGCUGGAAUAACAUGUGCUUCUACCUUGGGUCCAUCGGACGACGAUGAUGUGGUACAAUAAUAAAUUGAAAGGAAUUGUCAUAGGUUUCAAUAAAUGAUUUGAAGUGUUGAAUUAAAGCGUAAUUUGUGUUUUCAGUCGAACCGAAUAUGCUAUUAUUCUGCUUGGUUGCAUUCUACGCUUCUUAUGGAUCAUCUUAUAGACUUUGUUUAUCAUAACAACAAAGUAUCUCCCUACUUAGA